CAUUGUGGUUUGGCUGUUCGAUGCUAGCCAUCGCCAUCGCUUUUGAGCCUAUGGGCACGAAUUCUGCCCUCAUUUGUUGUUUUCUUCAUCUGCGGUGAAACAUGAUCUCAUCCUUUGGCUAGCUUUUUUUUCAGAGCUUGUUUUUUAUUUGUUCUCUGCUCCACCUGAAAUGCCUAAGAAUCGACCCGCGACGUCGGGCUACGCUCGCCUCGCACAGGCAGAGGAAGACGACGAUGACGGUUAUGACUUUGAUCGUGAGGAUCCUUUCGCUGGCAGUAAUCCUAUCUCCUCUUCCAGUAGGCAAUAUGCGCCCAUACAACCCUCGCGGCGCACCGAGCGCAUGAAUGGGUCCAAGUCUCAAUCACCUAACGCCCCUCGACAUUGGCGCCGGCACCGUAGCAAUUCCGGAGUCGAUAUAAAAGCGAUCAAUGCGCGUCUGGAGAAAUGGGCCGAUGAGAUCGCGUCUAAGUUCAAAAGGCGUGACAAGAAGUCGGCAAGAGACGAUGAGCAACCGGAGAUCCAACAUUCUGUAUUUAUCGCGCCGGAAGGCAUAACACCCGCGCGGGAAGCUAAUCCGAACAACUACCGACCUAAGAUGUCGAAAGAGGAGUUCGAUGAGAUUGUGGAGAGUGUGAGGCUGGCGAUAGAGCAAGGCAUACAUCCUAAGCUCAUCUCGCAAGGAAGCUCGGGAAGUUAUUUUGCGCGCAACAGUGAAGGCAAGACAGUCGCUGUCUUUAAACCUAAGGAUGAGGAGCCGUAUGCAAGCAGGAACCCCAAAUGGACAAAGUGGAUUCACAGAAAUUUAUUUCCCUUUUUCUUCGGUCGUGCUUGUCUUAUUCCGAACUUAAGUUACAUCAGCGAAGCGGCGGCGUACGUUCUUGACACUCGGCUUCAAACAGGCAUCGUGCCAUACACGGAUGUUGUCAGCUUUAGUUCAAAAAGUUUUCAUUACGACUUUUGGGACCGACGCGCGUUUUACAGAAAGAAGAAGCCUCUUCCGGAGAAACCAGGUAGUUUUCAGAUCUUUUUGAACGGAUACAAAGAUGCGACGCUGUUUUUAAAGGAGCAUCCAUGGCCUGAUCAAAAUUCGUCAACUUUCAGAGAAGGCAACAAUUCAAGGAGGAAGAAAAGAAGGCGUUGGACUGAGGAUUGUCGGCCCAGCGGCCCUCGAGAUUCGGAUGAUGAAGACGAAGAAAAUGACAGCGGCACGGCCUCAGAAAACGAGUCAAACAGGCGUACCGAGUUUUGGACGAGGAAACUCAGAGAGAGCUUCCAAGAGCAACUCGAAAAACUGGUCAUUCUGGAUUACAUCAUGCGCAAUACUGACCGAGGUUUGGACAACUGGAUGAUCCGAGUUGACCGUAGAAAAGAAGAAGCCAAGAUCAUUGCGGAACCGCCACAGAAUAAUUCCCGAGGCCCCGCACGAAACUCGUCGCCAGAUCAUGGCAUGAACGGAGGUGUUAAAGGGCCAGAGGAGGAACCUUAUCAGCGGAGAGAGAUGAUGAGUGCGACAAGCAGGAGUGGCACACCAAUGACAGAUCAUGCAAGCGACGACAUGACUAUCUCUAUAGGAGCUAUCGACAAUUCAUUGUCAUGGCCGUGGAAGCAUCCCGAUGCUUGGCGAUCUUAUCCCUUUGGUUGGCUGUUCCUUCCUGCUUCUUUGAUUGGCCAACCUUUCUCGGAACGAACAAGACAGCACUUUCUUCCAUUGCUUACGUCGAAAGUCUGGUGGGCCGAGACGCAACGGGAAUUGCGGAGAUGCUUCAUGCGAGACGAGGAUUUUCAAGAACGGAUGUAUGCAAAGCAAAUUGCUGUCAUGAAGGGUCAGGCUUGGAAUGUGGUUGAGACCCUGAAGACCGAAGGACAUGGACCGCUUGAGCUGACAAGGCGUGCAAGAGUCUAUGUGUGGGACGAUCUUGUGGAUGUCCCAACUGUCGUUCCUAUGCGAAGACCCAGCGCGGAACGGGGUCGUAUGGUGAACACACGGAACAAUCAGCAAGAAGACGAAGAGAUGGAUAUCUCUGUAGCAGGCGCGUCGGCGCCAGAGCCUGACCUUCUUGGAUUAUCGACGCCCAAGGCCGAGGUACAAUCCCCGUUCAAUGUUAGCAGACAGAAUAGCUCCAUGGAUGUUGGUCGUCCAAGGAACUCUACAAGCGAAAACUUGGAGACAGAAAACGGGCCGCUCUCACCGUCAAAUUUGGAGUCUUUCACGGCACAUCAAUCUCCAGAUCGUAAGACGGCUACAAAUUAUUCAAGAAACCAUACCUCUUCCUCGUAUAGACGCUCGAAAGGCCGUCCAAACCACCGUUCUCGAAUGUCUUUUGAAGUUCCUCGGAUCGGAAGUGGAACAACGCCAACAACUAGACAACGGAGGUUAAGUGUGGGGUUCUGGGAUGCCGAGGACGAAGAUGACGGCGAUCUGGGCUUUGCAGCAACGGAGGAGAGAGAAGCUAAUAGGGUACAGGUCGUCGUUGAAAGACUGGAAACAGUGAAGGGAAAGAAUCCAUUCUUUACAUGGUGUUGAACGAAGCUGUUUGAUUUUUCGCAGUGUCUGUAUUUUAGCAUUUGCAUGGCGGCGGUGUUUGCUAUUGCAUAUUUCGGAGUGCACGACUACAAGGACAUGUGCAUUCUAGUACCUUAGAUGUGAUGAGAUGUGAACUCACGGUAUUAAAAAUUCGGAUAGGAUUUGAGUUCGAUGGGGGCUUGAUAUGCUGGCUGGUUAAGUUGAACAUGGGCAUUUAAAGCAGACCGAAAGCAUAUAUACGUGGGCUCCACUUUGUUUGUGUCCUGCUGGUACAAACCUACAGCCCCGACGAUUUUAG